GUCGCGAAUGCGUGUCUGUCGGUGGAAGCAUAUGUGGCUGAGCUGCCGCCGUGGGCCGCUCUGACGCUGUACCAAUCGCACGUUGACCCCCAUCUCACUGGCGGCGCGGAGGUCGCCCCGUAUGUACGGUUGUCCUCGUUGACGCUCCUCGAGUCCGUCCAGCAUAUCUAUCUCCGACGCAUGCUGGGGCUCAACCCUAGAGCAGUGACAACACCGCUGUUCACGGAGACUGGCCUAUGGCCGAUACGGUACCGCCGCCUGGCAUUGGCGCUGCGGUUUGCCCUAUACAUAAUUUCCCAACGCCCUCCGGUUCCCCUAGCAGCCCUGGCCGAGGCUCGCGCUAUGGCAAUUGCAGGGGCUGAUUCAUGGCUGGGUGAUCUUCAUCAUGCUCUGCAGAGCCUACCGGUUCCGGUGGAGAUGGACAAACAUGCCGCUCUAACCGCUGACUACAUCUCCAACAUGCUAGAACGCCUCCGCAUCUCCCUGGUGGAGCAUCUACGACAGGAAAUCGCGUUCUCACAACGCCUCGUCAUGCUUGCCGCCCGCGCGUCGCGUGAGCCAGUACUAGAGCGCAGAGAUUACCUGUCAAUCACGAGGCGAGAGCACCGUGUGGCCCUCAUCCGUCCGCUCGCGUCCGACCACCCGUUGGCGGUCGAACAAAUGAGGCGCCGGACACCGCCAGUGCCUCGGGAGUGGAGAGUAUGUCGCUUCUGCGCGCGACGUGGGUCAAUUGAAGACGAGACGCAUACCCUGCUGCGUUGU